AUGGCCAGCUGGGCGAUACACGCGGCUCACGAAAGCGCGGGAAGAGGUGAAGCGGGAGCUGUCGACGCGAGCGGCAGGGGGGAGGUUGUGGAGGAAUCACUGGUGCUGCUAGAUUUCCCUGAUUUCCUGACGACGUCGGUGUUCGACGGCGCGGUGUUCCGGCAGGUCUCGGAAGACGCGACGGGCAGCACGUACGCGAUUGACAAUUGCAACUUCAACUCGCUGCGUUUGGAGGGUUUGGACGGCGCGGAACCGAAGUGUGUGCUGAACGGGCAGAUCCCAUUCAAGGGUAAACGGGUGUCUGAAGGGGUGACCUACUUCUGCUUUGACAUCGCAGAGCCCAACGCGGAGUCGGAAACGAACCACAACGAGCCCAAGCGCAACGCUCCGUACUUGCGAGAGUACUGGCACACGGAAAAGCUGAUCCAGUUCAACACGCCGAUCUGA